AUGAAUGUUCUAGCAGUACUGUACACAGUAUCUUUACUAGAUCUCUGCAACUGUGGAGAACUCAGUAGUCUCCGUAAAGGGGUUGUGGAUGUCCCACUUGACCUCUCUUCUCCGGAUCCUUCCUUGGCUAGAUACUAUGAAAGUGCAGUGGAUGGAGUAACCUAUUACUCCUACUUUCCCAAGAUACUGCUGUUUAACAAGGUAGUAGAUGGUGGAGCUACUCUCUGGGAGGCUAAAGGAGAAGAGAGAUGUGAUGUACUAUUCACAAGUGUUGGUGAUAGAACAAGAGUCAUUCUCCAUGUAUGGGUUAAGGGUUUACCAUCCAAGAUGUUGUACUAUGAGAAGGUAGACGGAGAAUGGAAGCUUGUAACUGUAAGAGUUAAAGGCGUUCCGGAGUCUGAGAAAGUUGUAUCUCCAAAGGAACAUGCUGAACUUAACUUUGCCAACCUUGGAUGUCCAUUGGGAGGAUCCUCAGGUUCAGAAGCUAAGCCAAAGGUCACUCUUCCUCCCACAGAAUCUAACAAUAAUGGUGAAGAUGCGAAUGAAAACAAGGUGGAAGGAGGUACUCCAGACGAUGAGGAAGAGUCCGGUGAAUCGCAACCUAAGGAAGUGGAUAAAGAGGAGCCUGACCAGCAGUCUACUGAUAAUGCAGCUGGACCAGUUACAGAUGUUUCUCUGGAAUCCGGAGAUAUACAUUAUGAAAGUUCUCCAAGUACCGCUGCAGAACCAUCACCAACUGAAGAUACUGAACAGACUGCCGUUUCUUCAAGUGACCCCGUAGAUCAGCAACCUACAGAGGUGAGUGAGCUUCAGGAGCCUGAGCCUUUACAGUCUACUGAAUCUCCUCAAGAAGUAGCAUAUCAACAGAGUGAGGCUCCUUUAGAGGAUCCCAAGCCAGUAUCUAAUGAGGAAGAAUCUAGUAAUGAGCAAGAGGAGCUAGGAGACCUUGAUGAUCAAGACUCUGGAGAGACUCUUGUAGAAGAAGUACAGCCAGAAGUUGCUCCUGCAGAAUCUCCAGAGGAUGAUGAACCUGGGAAUGGAUCAGAAAAGGAGUUUGGAGAUUCAGAGUCGACUGGGUAUGAAUCCAGUGACAAUAAUUUACCAGAAACUAAAGUAGAAGAGCCAGAAGAACCUACUAAGCCUGCAAACUCUUCCCUUUCCAAAGUUGACUCUACCCUAUUCAAUGUAGAAGAGGGAGAAGAUAAUGGGUUUAAGGUUCUUAAACUGACUGUAAAGAAUGGUUCUACUGUCAAGGAGCUAAAGUAUGAUGGUAAGGAGAUAUGGUCCAGUGGUAUAUUUGGUUCUCCUUGCUCCUCGGCUGUCAUAUAUAUGAAUGGAGACAGGCCCACUCUUGCAGUACUUGUUACCAGGGAUAAGAAUAAUAAGCAGAGCAAGGUUUACAGAUACCAUAAUGGUAAGAAGUGGAAGAAGGGUAGAGAAGGUACCCAUAAAACUAGACUCAAGGAACUGCAAGAUGCCGCUAAAGAAAAAGAGUCUACAGAAACAGUCGGAGAUAAUGUAGAAGAGAAGGCUAGACCUGCUAACAAACCAGGAGAUGUUCCAGCUAGAAGAGAUCCAGUGAAGACCGUUCAACAUACUCCUCAGGAAGCUUCCUCCUCAUCUGUUAAAUUCUCUAGAGAGAAUCCCACUACUCCACCUCAACAUUCUAUAGUUCCUCCUAGUCAGUCUACUCCUGCUGAGGAAUCUCCAGUUACUCAUAAUUCUGUAAGUAGCGAGCAUCAUGAAGCUAAGCCGGAGGGGGCUAUAUCUCAAGACAAUGAGGAAGAACCUGAGACUCCUACCAGAAAUGAUAAAGUACAUUCUGAAACUCUCGUAGGUGAAGAGCAUGCAUAUGAGGUUAACGCAGAGACUAUUGAGACUCCUACUGCAGAAUCGUCUAAAGAUCAUCUUAGGGGUGAUCCUCGACCUUCUCAACCAGCUGUUCAACCUACUUCUCUAUCUGAUCUCAAAUCCAAGAUUGAUUCAUCGCUAUUUGAUGUGAAGGAUGGACAAGAGAAUGGGUUUAAGGUUCUAAAGCUCAAGGCUAAGGAUGACGCUAAGCCGAAUAAACUUACCUUUGCUGGUAAAGAUGUAUGGAAGGCUCAGAAUGCUGUUGAUGUUCAAGCUUCUGAUACUCAACAACUUAACUCAACUGGCCGAGCUAAUCCUAAUCAAGGUACUCUUUCUGAAGAUCUUCAACAAUCUACUGUCUCAUCUGCCCUAACUGCUACUGCUCAAGGUGGACUUCCUCCUGAUGCUCCUCAAUCCGAAGUUGGUGAAGGUACUCCUAAAGAUAAUGGAACCAGUAAACCUGUUACUGAUGAAUCUCAAGUUCCUCAACCAUCUGGACAAAGUGGUCUUGUUCUAGAUCUUGCUAGUCCCGAUGAGGCAAACUUAGAUGUGCAUACAGAAACAAAAUCAGAGGUAACUGUUAAGUACCAUUAUCCAAAGGAUACUUCCAAGGAUACUUCCAAGAUUACUACUGUUGUGGAUGGAGAGAAGGAAGUCUGGAAGGGUGUGGAUAAGGAGCAUGCUCUAUCAGUAUUAGUAUACUAUGCAAAAGGAGACUCUUCUCUCAUUACCAUAGGCAUAAGCAAAGGUAGUGGCUCUAAGCUAGACUUUAAGCAUUUUGAAAAGGUGGGAGGAGAGUGGGUCUCCAUUGAUAAGGAGGAUUAUGACAAGAAGCUAAAAGAUCUCAAGAGUGAGUCUCUCACUUUAACUCUUUGUAGACAGUAUUACUCGUUUUGUUAUGAAGGUACAUGUCCUGAGACUACUCUUGUUACUCUUAAUCUUGCAAAUCCGAAUAAGGCCGAUAUAAAUGUGAAUAUAAAGGAGGAGAAUGGAGUGUCUGUCAAAGAACAUUUCCCGAAUAGAGGCCAUCACAUCUCUUCCGUUAUGGAUGGUGGAGCUACUCUAUGGACAUGUGGAACUGGAGAAACUUCUGGGCUUGUAACUUCUUACACAAAAGGAGAAUAUGCUCUUCUUUUCGUAGGAAUAAAGAAAGGUGACAAUUUCGGGAGUAAGUUAUUUAAAAAGGCUGAUGGAAAUUGGAAUGAAAUUAGUCUGGAAGAGUUUAAAAAAGCAAAAGAAAUGAUGGAAACACCUGUAGAAUCCACUGAACAUGAUCUCCAAGAGAUUAAUCCAUCGCAUCCUAUUGAAGAUACACAUACAGAUAAUCUUAGAGGAUUUCAAGAUAAGGAAGGAUCCUCUGUAAAGGUUCUUGUAGAGACUACAUCCGAUGAUGUGGAAGAGAAGAAAGAGCGUGCUGAUAAACCUGUAGAAUCUCAAACUCCUAAGGAGGAAGUUCCUCCAUCAGAUGGACAAAUGGGAGAGGUUAUGGACCUAGCCAGUAUUUAUCAGGACAAUUCUCUGUCCUUCGAUUACUCCUUUUCUGGUAAUGCUGUUCAACUCAUUGUUCCCAAGAAGGGCGUUAGUGUUACAAAGCUAAUGAAUGACACUGAAGAGGUUUAUACUCUCUUUUCUGGACAAACAUUUGACCAUGCCAGAGUAUAUCUUAAUAAGGAUAAGAAGCCCGAACUGGUCCUUCUAGUAACUACUUCAUCUGGCGCUUCUAAGGAAACCUACUUUGAACUCCAGAAUGGUAAAUGGGUAUCUUGUAAUGACAAAGAUGCCAAGAUGCUAAGCUUAGUGGUUAUUACUCAGUGGAAAUCAGACUUUGAAAUUGAUCUCUCUGCUUCUAAGGACACUGACAAGUGUACUAUCUUUGAGGAAGAGUUACUAGGCAUUACUACUAAUUCAUAUUUCCCUAAACCUGGCCAUGUAGCCAAGAAGGUAAAGUAUGAUGGGCAGGAGGUUUGGUCUGGCGGAUUUAAUGAUCGUUGUCUUUCUUGUAUCAUUCGCAAACGUGGUGACAAGGAACUACUAGAAAUGAUAGUUGUUGAGGCAUCUUCAAGGAGGUAUAAAUACUUUGAAAAGACUGCUGAUGGUGAAUGGAAGAAGGUUGACAAGGGUAAAUUUUUAGAUAAGCUAAAAGUAAUUACGGAAGGGUCUACUUUACAUCCGUCUCAGUGAAACUUCACGGAUACUCCCCUCUAGAUCAUUCUUUACAUUAUGCUGCUAAAAGUCAGCAUUGAUGUAUCUCUUCUCUAAAGUCUUUACUGGAUGUUCCGAAGCAAUUUUUAUGGACAUAUAGCAAUAGUACAGUAUCAUGAUUCAAUAUUUUGUUCACACUCUGUUAGAGUGUGUAUGCUUAAUUAAUGGUAGUCU